AUAUACCGUAUUUUUCGCUCCAUAAGACACACCUGACCAUAAGACGCACCUAGGUUUUAGAGGCAGAAAACAGGAAAAAAAAAAUUCUGAACUAAUGGACUGCAGACAUAGUACAGGAGAUGACCAGAGACUGCGGACAACAGUACAGGAGAUGACCAGAGACUGCGGACACAGUACAGGGAUGACCAGAGACUGUGGACACAGUACAGGGAUGACCAGAGACUGCGGACACAGUACAGGGGAUGACCAGAGACUGCGGACACAGUACAGGAGAUGACCAGAGACUGCGG